AUGGUACCUUUUCUCCUCGCACUUGCUUUCAUCCUUGGUACUAUUUACCAUGUCAACAAGGCGAUCUCAAGGUUUCAGUGCUAUCGUGCGCGUAUCAAUUAUGAUUAUGAUGCUAUAAUUGUAGGUGGGAGCAUCGCAGGGCCAGCUAUUGCAAAAGCCCUCUCAGACCAAGGCCGAAAGGUGCUUCUUGUCGAAAGAAAGCUUUUCACAAAGCCUGACCGCAUUGUUGGUGAGCUCCUACAGCCAGGUGGCAUUGGGGCACUCAAGGUUCUUGGCAUGGAGCAAUGCGCUACAUCCAUUGGCAUGCCGUGUAAGGGCUAUGUUGUGACUGAUACUAGUGGUAGGCAGUUAGAGCUUUCCUUUCGGCGUGGGAUACAAGGUGUGUCGUUUCACUUUGGUGAUUUUGUGCAGAACUUGCGUGAGUUUAUAUAUAAAAAUUGCAGGGAACAUAUUACGAUGGUGGAAGGUACUGUGAACACAAUUCUGACAGAAGGACACACGUGCUAUGAGCGGGCCUAUGGGGUUGAGUACACUGUUGUGGAAGACUACCACGAACCCGAGAAUCCUUUCCGUGUCGAUCCACCAAAACCUGGCAAAGUAUCCUACCUGACGAAGACUGCAACUGCCCCGCUGAUUGUCAUGUGUGAUGGGGGAGCAUCAAUGUGGAGAGCGCGCUACCAGCACUAUACGCCGGUUGCCGAUUACCACUCUAACUUUACAGGAAUCAUCCUUAAAAAUGCAACGUUGCCUAUUGAGCAGAACGGCACUAUCUUUUCGAGUAAAAGCGCCACUAUCCUAUGCUAUCGCCUGGAUCCCAACGAGGUGCGUGUUUUGGUGAUCACCAAGUAUGCGAGGCUCCCUCGCCUAACUAAGUUUUGUGAGUGGCUUCUGGAGGAGGUAGCUCCCUCCCUGCCAGAGGGCAUGCGUAAGGAAUUCAUUCACGCUGUUUCAGAGACAUCGAAUAUUCAGACCGUGCCCGUCGCGGCAUGUCCUCCUAGCUUUCCUUCCAUUAAGGGCUAUGUCGGGAUUGGCGACCACAAUGACCAACGGAACCCCCUUACUGGCGGUGGGAUGACAUGCGCUUUUCGGGAUGCUCUCUGCCUCGCCAACAGCCUUAAAGAUAUUCCCCACAUGCGAUCAGAUGAUUUCAUCCAUGCGUCCAUCAUUCAGGAUCACAUUCAGGACGCCAUUCUGAAGUAUUCACGCUAUCGCUAUAGCCACAGCAGUUGCAUCAAUCUCCUUUCCUGGGCCCUAUACACUGUCUUCAACACAGAUCUGCUGCGGGAAGUCUGUUUUGAAUACUUCAAGUGUGGUGGGGAUUGCGUAACGGUUCCGAUGGAUCUCCUUGGCGGGCUCAAUUCCAGUUUACUGACCUUAUUUUAUCAUUACUAUGGUGUCAUGCUCAAUGGAGUUCUCUUGUUGAUAACGGGGGGGGGAACGUUUUUGUCCAGGAGAAAUAAACCACUUUCUAAGUAUCAAAAAUUUACAAAUAUAGUUACUUUCUUUACAAGCUUUUCUCGCCUAUAUGAAGCUGCCUACCUAGUGAUCUUUUCAACAAUGAUUGUGAUACAGCUUGUUAAAAAAGAAUUCUACUCACCGUGGCGUCUAAUUGAUCCGGUCAGUGUUGUUGGAAACAUAAGUAAACAGGUCAAGACACACACCUACAAACGCUUGUUCGGCAACAAAUAUUCUAAACCUGUGGGGUUCUGA